AUGCUGGGAUGGAAUACGAUAGUAGCAGUGGUGUCGGUUUGGAUGGUGGUGUGCGCGCAGACGGAACGCAUCCAGUUCCCCAUGAAGAAGCGGUUGUUCCUGUUGCCAAAGACAGUCUUCGGCCGCAUGGAGCGACGAGUGGAUGAUGGGAUGGUGGACCCGGUAAGGAAUCCGUCUUUGCUUGUUUGGAAAGCAAUCAAUCCUCGAAUACUCCUUAUUUCUUGGUCUAUCAGUCUGUCGGAAAAAUAAUGUGGAUUCGGCAUGCCUUGAAGUCGCUUUUUAUCGCUUUGCGACGACUCGCAACGGCUAGGAAUUUGUUGCGCGACUGCGAGGAGGAGAGAAAUUUUCCUGCGACAAAACCAUAUUAUUUUCCCGACAGACUGACAUCGGUCUGUCGGGAAAAUAAUGUGGAUUUGUUGUGCCUUGAAUUGCCCAUCAUCGCAGCGACUAGCCACGGCUAUAGCUUUGUUGAGCGACUGCGAGGAGGAGAGACAUUUUCCAGCGACAAAUCCAAAUUAUUUUCCCGAUAGACUGAUGCUAGGUGGUUCAGGAAAUCUUGACAUGUUUUGGCACCGUGCGGUUGGCAUCGCAAACCGUCUUUGCGUAACAAAAAAUGGGCACGGUGCAAUUUAAAAAAUGCACUGUGCAGUUUUAUCGCGCGACAUUGCGCUUUUCGAAGGGUUAUUUUUUUCUUUUUGCACUGUGCUUUGUCGAGGCAGAACGUGAAUUUUAUCUUGUCGCUGUUUGGAGAGAUGCGACAACUUUUUCGCGCUCUGCAGAAAUAUCAAAAAAUGUCAAAACUUUUUGACCCACCCAGUACCAUCAGUCUGUCGGGAAAAUAAUGAGCACUCUGUCGCAUCGAAAAUCGCAUCACCGCCGAGAAAAUAAAUUGUGUCGCGGCGAAAUCAAGUUUCUUUUUACUUCAGCGACGCUAUCUGCACAGCGAAAUUAUGCUCAUUAUUUUCCCGACAGACUACUAAUACUACGUCUUUUCGGCCACCUCAUAAUCUCUUUUUUUUGCCAUCAACUCGUCUUACGGUCGACUCAUCAAACAAAUAUAGCUACCAUACUCUCUGUGACGACGUCUAUAGCAAAUUGAGUGACUAGGCUAGAUUUGCCGGGGGGAAAGCCGAUUAAAUCUAUUUUUAAUUGAAAUGUGUCCAAGACGAUUUAAUUGCUGAAGUCUUUGAACUGUCCUAAUUAGCUUAGUAAUCUUUGCAGCAAGUUAUGUCGGCUCUCUGCAGUAGGCUAAUGUAAUAGUUUGUUAGAACGAAAGAUUAGACUCCGACCGUGUUUUUAAACAUGGAUGUCUUAAAUUUUUGUUUAUGGAUUUAUCUUGCGACCCACAUGUUUCAUAAAAGCCCCCAAAACAUCCGCUAAUCCCCUAAUCUCACCACAUUAACCAUUGUUUUCUGUUGAAGACCUUAUAUGCAAUCACAAGACCCAAACUUUUCCACCGACCAAAACUAAAAAAACUUUUUUUAAGUUUUGGUUUGUAGACCAAGAUUUUGACUACGAAACAAAGGUUAGUUACCACGUAGUUUAUGAGACUUCCGGCGACGUGGGUCUAAGAGUGCACGCCAUAGACAGGACUAAUCUGCGGGGAAAUUACUUUUGCCAAUUAUUUUCGAUUAUCAAUCAAGGGAAAGUUUAAUUAGUCAUAAUCAUCAUAUAAAUAGCACAAUGGCUUCCUGACAGUGCUAUAUUCAGCGUUCGGAUGAGCCCAAUUUUCCCAGUAUCAUGUUUAUAAUCCUCUUAUCAAGUGAUAUGUUUCAAAUAUAUGUAGAGUGUGGUCCCUAUGGAUUCAUUGUUAUUGGAGUUGAUUAAUCAGUCUGUCGGGAAAAUAAUGAGCACACUGUCGCAGUGAAAAUCGCUUUGUCGCUUAGAACAUUUAAGUAUGUUGUAGAAAAAUCAAUUUUUUUCCGACUUCAGCGACCCGAUUGCUCAUUAUUUUCCCGACAGACUUCUAUCUUUGUCUCCUCAUCAAUUUCACACUACAGUAAUGCCCAAACUAACCAAACCGCUUUUCAGGACAUCGCGACACCCUCUUCACUGCCAACCCAACGUUUCAAGUCCCGUUCCGUCUCGCCGUUCCAGCGCGGAGAGUCGUUGCCGCAGGCGACUGCGGCCUGGCGACCCCCCACCCAUUCCAAGUCCAAGUCGCAGCGCUCGCGCCAGUGCUACUUCACGCCCAUCCAGUGCGUGCUGUACGUGCCCAGCGACCAGUACGAGCAGCUGGUGAAGGCGGUCCCGUUCCCGAACGGCGCCAGCUCCGAGUCCGACGAGGUGAACCCCACGCCCGACGUCAGCGAGGCGGACUCGCGGAAGCGCCAGAACAACCGCGACAUGCUGCAGAAGUGGCGCCGCACCGAGGUGACGCCCCUCCUCCGGGGCUAUUGGCGUCGCAGCGUCGGCACGUAA